UGUCCGAGGAAUACUUUCGCUCGAACUUGAAGCUCAGCGUUCCAGCGAGCUCUCCGCUGCGGGACCUGCGGUACCGUUAAUCUGAGAUACACUUCGAUCUCCUAAAACAUUAGGCUGAGUUUAGGAAGAAGGCGAGGCUGAAUAAGGACCUGUUAGCCACUAACACGUUUUUAUAUUCAAUUUCCCCACAAACAGGAUGGAUAAACGCGGAUUUUUUCCCAGCAAUGAACAUGGCAAGGUAUUGGCAAACAUAUUCAUUUUCUGGGAUUCGAGAGAUCGUCUCAUUUUAAACGAGCACUUUUAACUUCUUGCUGUACCUCCAAAGGGAGAGAUCUCUGGAGCAUGGCUGUCUGUCUGGGCUCUUCAGGAGCUGUCAGAGCUAAGCAGAAGAUGGCUUCCUAGCUACCGCUCCCAGAAACCCUGCUGAAACACAACACCACAGAAGAACAUAUUCUCUUUUUCCUUUUUUUAAAGCCCCUCGGCCUCCAAACCAAUGCUGCAUUAUUUAUAGCAUGGGAUGUGUCAGAUCGAAGCACAGAGGUCUGCCCCAGAAUGCCAGGUCGGCGCGGAACACAGACGGGAGAGCAGGUGAACAGGUGGAUGAGAGAUCGGCUCUGGUGGAGGCGGAGGCUGGGCCAGGACAGGACUCCCUGCAGGUCAACCCCUUCCUGCUGGACUACGCCCAGCGCCUGUCGGAGGAGAUCGUUGCCAGGGCAAUGCAGCAGUGGGCGGAGGCUGACAGCCGGUACAGUGACAUCCCGUACAUCGAGUGCGACCUACCCUGAUGCUCUGCCUGGUGCAGCACGACCGGGACCAGGACCCUCUCCCCCUGCGGGACUCACCCCUCUCCCCCUGCGGCACUCACCCCUC